CGUAAUUAUCGAUUUUUCAUAAUGUUCAUAUCAACGUCUACCAUUUUGUGUAUAUACGUCUUCACAUUUUCGUGGAUCACCAUUGUUCGACAAACUGGCAGUUACUGGAGUGUUAUCUCAAGCGACAUCUUGUCAGUUAUCCUUGUCGUCUACUGCUUUGUAUCUGUCUGGUUCGUAGGCGGGCUGACGGUUUUCCAUAUUUAUCUAAUGUGUACCAAUCAGACGACCUAUGAAAAUUUUCGUUACCGUUACGAUAAGAAGGUCAAUCCGUUUACGAAAGGGCUUGUGGGAAACCUGAAGGAUGUGUUCUGGUCUAAGAUCCCUCCUUCGAUGAUUGAUUUCCGAGCAUGGGUAGCGGAAGACGAGGAUGCGAGCCUACAAUACAGUACUUCAGGAACUGAGAGAGGGUUCAUGAUAUCAAAGGAUAAAUUUGACUUGGAAAUGGACAUGAUGUUUCCAAAGGAAGGUAGCAUGAAGCUUCCUAAUAUGUUGCAAAAUUUGGACUACGCUGAUAUCAAUGAUGAUUUGAAGAAAAAAGAUGGCGUUGAUCGAAAUAUUGCCUAUGCGUUCCCUUCUAUGCAAGAACGGGCCUUACAAAAUUCAAUGCUAAGCGAUUUGAAGGAUAAGAGAACUCAGUAGUAGCACUGUAAUCCAAUCUCAUUACCACCAACAUUCUUGGAGACAACAAAGGUCUCGUGGAGAUAUUUCCUCCAAAACGAUAACGAUAGCAGACGACGGAUUGAGCAUGGAUGUCGAUGUCGACUUGUUUUGAUUAGGGAUAAACUGUAAAAGGGAUUUGGGAGUGGAUUUCAUGAGGAAAUGAUUUGUAAGUAAUGUGUGUAGAAUCAGCUUCAUUUUCCUCUUCAUUUCUAUGUUGUCCUAAAUCUACACUAUGAAUUGAGUCAGUCCCAAGAGAAUUUGAAAAUACUUGUACCUUUACAAUAGUUUAUUGAGCUCAACAUUGUGAUUUCUGUAACAUAUAUUUUUUUUAUACCUAAAAUACAACCUUUCAUUGUAUAAAGAUUUGAAAUGCGAGCGUAUUUGAUAGA